AUGUAUUUCUCUAAGACCCUCGCCACCGUGGCUACCUUCGCCAUGACCGCCUACGCCGGUAUGCCCGUCGCCAGCAUUGAGUUCCAGUCCUGGGAGAGCUGCGACGUCGGCGCCCCCGCUCUCGGCCAGCCCAAAUUCGUUGCCCGUGUCACGGCCACCCCAUUGACCUGUGACAAGACCACAGUCAACCGUGACUGGAGCAUCGACAACUACUCCUUCAGCGCCCACCUUGACACCAAGGACACGGCCUACUGCCACGGUGUGAUCAUUUGGAACAACGACGGCUGCUCCGGCGAGCCCACUACUUUCCUUCCCUUCGAUGACAGCCCCUUCGCUGUGGGCAAAUGUCUCCCCGACAUUCUGGACCCCGGCUAUGUUUCCUUCAAGCUUGCUUGCGACUUCCCUGGCCCUGCCGCUGCCGCCGGUGCAUUCUAG